CCGACAAGACACCUACCAGAAAGCUAUCGAUAUAUAUCGAUUGCGCGUCCACCUCUGAAAAAUGGUGCCAACAUCCGGUUGUCAAAUUUUUCUUUCUUUCCCAUCCACGACGAGCAAGGGUCGACAUGAGUUCUCUAAAGCUCCAAAAGAGGCUCGCAGCCUCCGUACUGCGAUGCGGCAAGAAGAAGGUCUGGUUGGAUCCCAAUGAAAUCAACGAGAUCGCCAACACAAACUCGCGCCAAAACAUCCGCAAGUUGAUCAAGGAUGGUCUGAUCAUCAAGAAGCCCGUCGUGGUCCACUCCCGCUACCGCGUCCGCAAGAACACUGAGGCCCGUCGCAAGGGUCGCCACUGCGGCUUCGGUAAGCGCAAGGGUACAGCGAACGCCCGCAUGCCCACCAAGCUGCUGUGGAUGCAGCGCCAGCGCGUCCUGCGUCGUCUGCUGAAGAAGUACCGCGACAGCAAGAAGAUCGAUCGCCAUCUGUACCACGACCUGUACAUGAAGUGCAAGGGUAACGUGUUCAAGAACAAGCGCGUCCUCAUGGAGUACAUCCACAAGAAGAAGGCCGAGAAGCAGCGCAGCAAGAUGCUGGCUGACCAGGCCGAGGCUCGCCGACAGAAGGUGCGCGAGGCACGCAAGCGCCGCGAGGAGCGCAUCGCCACCAAGAAGCAGGAACUCAUUGCCCUGCACGCUAAGGAGGACGAGAUCGCUGCCAAGGCCGCCACCGCGGGUCACUAAGCAGUCCAACCCGCUAGCCGGGCUCACAAUAUUAAUAGUAAUUGUUCAUCAACUGAAUAAAACAAAAACUUGGUUUGGCCGAAGUGAUUUUGUACAAACGUGAAAA